UUCAGUGAGAGACUAGUGGGAGCAGCAGAUAAGACAGGUAGAUAAGAGCUAGCUACAGGGUUGGCCUGCUGUGUUCUGACUGGAGGGUUGUGAAAGUCUGGGCGCCCUAACGCUGCGUGGAAUGCGCCCAGAGCGUGUUGGUACUUGAACUUCCGCAUCAGACGCCUGCAACAAAUGAACACACAUACACACACACACACACACACACACACACACACACACACACACACACAUACACACACAGUUGGUCGCAUGUGGAGGACCUUCAAAUCUAAUUUGAUGUCCAUGAAGCUUUUAUUUUGACAAGCAGAGGACACCACAUUCGUUAAAGAUGGAUGACAUUGACGCCAUGUUCAGCGACCUGCUCGGGGAGAUGGACCUCCUCACUCAGAGUCUCGGGGUGGAGAAUGAACCCCCAAAUGCCAUCACCAGUCCGCCCGAAGAAGUGAAUCUCUCCCCAGGCUUCACAGACCUGAAUGAGUCUCUCUAUGAACUGGAGGACAAUGACUUGGACGUGCUCAUGGCCGAUUUAAUGGCCGACCUAAAUGCCACCGAGCUGAAGCUAGCCGUCGACAUAGAGAACCUGAAGGUUCCCCCGUCGUCCUCUGCUAGCCAGCCGCCACCGGCUACCCUCCCACCUGCGCCCCAGGGCCUGAGCUCCUACGACGCCAGCAUCCUCCCCUCCCCCGUCUCAUUGCAAGGCGAUGUCGGCACCCCUUCCCCUUCUCACCAGUCCCCACUGCCCCCGCCGCAGCAUGCCAAGCCCUCCAUGGAGGAGAUAGAGGCUCAGAUCAAAGCAGACAAAAUCAAGAUGGCCCUGGAGAAAUUAAAGGAGGCCAAAGUGAAAAAGUUGGUGGUGAAAGUUCUGAUAAAGGAUGGGAGUUCUAAAACUCUGAUGGUGGAUGAGCGGCAGAACGUGCGCGAUGUUCUGGACAACCUGUUCGAAAAGACACACUGUGACUGCAACGUUGACUGGAGCCUGUACGAGACCAACCCGGACCUGAACCUGGAACGUGGAUUUGAGGACCAUGAAAACCUGGUCGAGCCACUGUCUGGUUGGACCAGGGACAGUGAGAAUAAGCUCCACUUUGAUGAGAGGGAGGACAAAUACGAAGUCUUCAAAAACCCUCAGAACUAUUAUCUGUGGAAGAAGGACAAGCAGACACUGAAGGACAUGAGAGACAAAGACAAAGAGUUGCUGAUAGAGGAGAACUUCUGUGGGACGUCCAUAAAGGUGCCCGACCUGGAGGGAGCGCUGUACCUGCGUGAGGAUGGCAAGAAGUCCUGGAAGCAGAAACUCUUCCUCCUCAGAGCGUCCGGGAUUUACUACGCCCCCAAGGGAAAGAGCAAGACCUCCCGUGACCUGGUGUGUUUUGUGCAGUUUGACAACGUCAACGUGUACUACGCUAAGGACCUGAAGAGCAAAUACAAGGCCCCCACAGACUACUGCUUUGUUCUCAAGCAUCCUCAAAUCCAGAAGGACUCUCAGUACAUCAAGUACCUGUGCUGUGACGACCCCUGGACCCUGAAUUUGUGGGUGACCGGGAUCCGGAUAGCUAAGUACGGCGCCGCUUUCUAUAACAACUACAAGACCGCCGUGAAGAAGACGUCUUCGGGCUCCGCUUGGGCCAACCGCAUCACCUCCUCCACUGGCUCCUCCCCCUCUCCCGCGCCCUCACCCUCCCUCAGCGCUAAACAUGCUAGCCAGGCUAACGGACAUGCUACCAAACCACAACCAGGUCCUGUGUCUCAGGUAAGAACAGACAGGGCUAACAACUACUCCCUCCCCCCUCCUCCCCCACUGACACACAGCUCCCUCCCCCCCCCUCCCCCCAUGCAGACCAGCUCGCUCCCCCCACGUCUUCCCCCCCAGGCCCGACUCCCCCCAAAGCCCGCGUGUCGGGGCAAGCAGCCUCCGGGCCCCCUGCCCUCCCCGCUCCCCCCUCCGCCUCCCAUGGACAGCCUGCCUCCCCCGCCUCCCCCUCCCCCAUUCCCCGACGACGCCACCGAGGCCCCGCCCGACUUCUUGCCCCCCCCGCCGCCGAUGACCUCGGGCCCGGCCUCGCCCCCCGUCCGCCCGCCCGUGGUCGCCCCUCCCCCCAGGGCUAGCUUCCGGGGCGGCAGCAGAAACCAGAGUCUGCCCCCCCCACCUCCAGACCCUGAGUUCCUCCCACCCCCACCCCCACCAAUCAGCAUCUCUUCUGGAGGAGGAGGCGGGGCGCCACCUCCUCCUCCCCCUCCCCCACCUUCUCCUCCCUCCGGCUCCUCGGGGAGGAAGACCGCCCCCCCUCCCCCCAGGAGGACUACUCCUGUGCUGGCCGGAAGAGGAGGAGGAGGAGGAGGAGGAGGAGAUGGUGAGGAAGGCAACUUCAUGUCUGAACUGAUGAAGGCCAUGAAUAAGAAGCGAGGAGAAGACUGAGGUGGAGACUCAGAACGCUCCGGGUUAACGUCAAUGUCUCAAGGAAACUAAAUCAACCUUCUCGUCAUGGCAGAGGCUGUGUUGAUGAACUGUUGUUGAACAUGAAUACUACUGUCGUACUACGAUCAAAGCUCAAUACAGUGUUUGGAAUCGAUCGCCAAUCUGCCAUUUUACUGGUGUGAACACACCGAUUCCAUUUAUUUUAAGUAUAUCGAUAUGUCUUUACUGUACAGAAUGAUACUUUACAAACAAAAAUAGAAAUGUCUGAUGGAAAUCCUGCAUUCUGUCAUCCAAUCCUGCAUUCUGUUGAUUUAAAAAACGUUCAAGUAAAUAUGUUAAAUAAAGGAAUAAUCAGUGAUCUGAUAUAAAGAGGAAGGGGAUUCUUGUCGUCCAGCAAGUAGUCAGUCAGGAAGUCAAACUUCAUGAGGGCAUCCAGUGAAGCUGAAUCAGUCGUGUGAUUUUGUGGAGGGAAACCAAGCA